AUGAGCCGCAAGAUCAUCCCAGCGCUAGCUUUUGCCUUGUGUGUCGCUGCUUCCACCGACGCGUCUCCCGGCGACCCCGAUUUCUACAACACGGUCGCCGACAUAUACUCGGGGCCGGAUUGCGGCGAAGAAAGCUUUGUUUGGACUGACCCUAUAUUCGGGCGCGGCGGGAACUGUCAACCCCUCGAUAGACAUGGGAAUACCCCUGAUAUCCUCAGCUACAAGCCUACGGAUAUCUAUCCCGAUUGUAUAGUCACGUUAUACACGGAUACCGAAUGCAAAAGUACACCGUACCCGGCGGAGGUGAACCAAUGCGUUCAAGCGGGUAUUCCCUUCGUCAGCGCCUUCGUUCAGUGUCCUUUCUCCGACAGCCCGUGA